GAAAUAUUCAACGUGGGCUUAUGCAUAAAUCAUAAACAAAUGAUCUGCAUUAUUAUGAAAUGCAAAAAAGUGUGAUCCUACUAGGUUACCACAUGCAACCAGAGUCCACGUUGGACUUUUGAAUUUCAUUAUUGUUCCACUUGUUAUCCUUUAAUGCUUCCUCCUACUCCCCCAACGGCUCAGAACACGGGAACUUUAAUACACACUGAUAUUUGAUGAAGCCUAUAAGAACACAUUAUACAAUAUCUGCAAGAGAUCAAGAGCAGCAAAGUGACAGCUUAUCAAAGAAACAAAAGAGCAGCAAAGUGUAAGAAAACGUGUGAAGGAGUUUUUCAUUUCAAUUGGACAUUUAUGGGCUUUCAAGUGAAAUGGCUUUCUGUGAGUGUUCUACUUCUUUGUAUUGUUCUUGAUCUUAGUGUUCUUACUCUUGGUGAUCACAAGCUUGACCAAGAAAGAUUUGGAGAUGAUUGUCGAUUUGGACGUGGACCUCGUUGUAGAGGUUGGGGUGGUCGUCGUGGUCGUGGUGGCUUUGGAGGUGGAGGUGGAAGAGGAGGAGGCUUUGGUGGUGGUGGAGGUCUUGGCGGCGGCGGUGGUGCGGGAGGAGGUCUAGGUGGUGGUGGAGGACUUGGAGGUGGUGGUGGUGCUGGAGGAGGUCUUGGAGGUGGUGGUGGUGCUGGUGGAGGACUUGGAGGUGGUGGAGGUCUUGGUGGUGGUGGUGGUGCUGGUGGAGGAGGAGGUAGUGGUGGUGGAGGUGGAUUAGGUGGUGGAUCUGGCCAAGGGGGAGGAUUUGGCGCUGGUGGAGGUGUAGGUGGUGGAGCUGGAGGAGGUAUUGGAGGUGGUGGGGGAGGAGGAAGUGGUGGUGGGGGUGGAUUAGGCGGUGGAUCAGGCCAUGGUGGAGGUUUUGGUGCUGGUGGAGGUGUAGGUGGUGGAGCCGGAGGAGGUCUUGGAGGUGGUGGGGGAGGAGGAAGUGGCGGGGGUGGUGGAUUAGGCGGUGGAUCAGGCCAUGGUGGAGGUUUUGGUGCUGGUGGAGGCGUAGGUACUGGAGCUGGUGGAGGCAUUGGUGGUGGUGGAGGAGGUGGUAGUGGUGGUGGAGGUGGAUUAGGUGGUGGCUCGGGACAUGGAGGAGGUUUUGGAGCCGGUGGAGGUGUAGGUGGUGGAGCCGGGGGAGGUCUUGGAGGUGGUGGGGGAGGAGGUAGUGGUGGUGGAAGUGGAUUAGGUGGUGGUUCAGGACAAGGAAGUGGAUUUGGUGCUGGUGGUGGUAUAGGUGGCGGAACCGAAGGAGGAAUUGGUGGUGGUGGUGGAGGAGGUAGUGGCGGUGGAGGUGGAAUUGGUGGCGGCUCAGGACAUGGUGGUGGAUUUGGAGCUGGAGCCGGUAUUGGCGGAGGUUCAGGAGGAGUAGGCGGUGGCGGUGGUGGAGGAGGUGGAGAAGGGGGAGGAAUAGGCGGAGGUUCAGGACAUGGGGGAGGCUUUGGUGCGGGUGGUGGUGCAGGAAGUGGAGGUGGCACGGGUUUAGGCGGUGGUGGAGGUCAUGGUGGUGGAGGAGGAAUUGGUAUAGGAAUUGGUAUUGGAAUUGGGGUUGGUAUAGGUUCUGGAGCUGGGCAAGGAUCUGGUACUGGAACAGGUUCUGGUAUUGGUGGAGGAAGUGGGGCUAAACAUUAAUCUUAUAUGGAUUUAUGGAGUUUUGCGACUUUUGUGGAGAUGUUUACAAUUUUUAAUAUAACUCAUAAUAAACUAUUUAUGAGUAAUGUGCAUUUUAUGUGACUAUUUUUACAAAUUAUUUUACUAAGUUUAAGGUUAGGAAUCUUUUUGUUACAAUCAAUGCACUCUUAUAAUAAUUUCAAAUCAUAGAGGGUUAAUACUGUUAAUAAUUAUUCGCAAUAUAUUAAGAGUGAUGAUUAAACUAUGUACUUCCUUAUCCAUUUGUAUUUGCGGUGAGUACAUUAGAGGUGA